UGUAACGGGAUGAGCGGCUGCUCGAGCUGAUAAACAACAGCAGAACAACCUUUGAAACUUUACAUUUCAUAUCCGAAGAGUAACAACAGAGGGAGAUCAUGACUUUAGACGCGCCAGUUAUUUUGUCCGCUCUUUUCUUUACGAUUAUUGCCAUUAUAGUCGCAUCGACGCUACUGGCGAGGAAAGCUGCGCCAAAGAAAGAAAACAAGAAACACGCGGAGGAGCGACGGGAGCGGUUCACUGACCAUCAGCAGCCCGGAGUGGAGGCUCCUGCUCCCGUGAAGGUUGUGGAGGAGGUGCAGGUCAUUCAAAAGAAAAAGCUUCCAGUCGCUCCUGUUGUGGAAGCUGAAGUCUUCCCAGUGCAACAAACACAUGUCCAGGCAGCGGUAAAGACUGAGGAGGAGGCUGUCAUUGAACCGAAAAAGGAAGAGCCUGUUCCAGUCGCCCCUGUUAUUGAGGAGGUUGGUGUUGUAGAGGAACAGCCUGCAGUUGAACCUGAAGUCAUCCUUGUACAAGAAACUCCUGUCCAGGCAGCUCCAGAGCCAGUGCCUGUACCUGAGGCCGUCGUAGAAUCUGCAACUGUAGAAGAGCCCGUCCCUGUGACAGAGCAAGUGCCUGGGCAAUCAGAGGUAAUCACACCUGCACCAGAACCAGUGGUUGCACCAGUAGAAAAGCCAGUACCUGAACCAGUGAAAAAGUCUGUCCUAGAACCAGAGCCAGUGCCUGAAUCAGUCCCAGAGGUGCCCAACCCGGAGCCCUCCCCUGAAAUGGUCCCAGAGGUGUCCGUCCCGGAGCCCGCCCCUGAAACCGUCCCAGAGGUGCCCGCCCUUGAGCCAGUAUCUGUACCUACCCCUGAACCAGUGUCUGCACCCGCCCCUGAACCAAUCUCAAAGGUUCCCAACCCAGCACCAGCAUCUGAGCCCGCCCUUGAACCAGAAUCUUCGCCCAUCCCUGAGAAAUCUCUGGCAUCUGAAUCUGCUCCAGAGAUCCUAGAAAAUAAUGAUGUUGCUCCAGUGACAGAAGUGGGCGAGACACCCGCAGUUGUGCCCGGUAAGAAGUGGGCAACCAAGGAAGAGAUGGAAGAGGAGCAAAGGAUAGAGUUCACAAAUGACUUUACCUCUCUUUAAACAACAGGCCUGUUUCAGGCUGCUGAGAUGCUGAGUAAGCAAAACUCAGAGUGUGGAAAAGUGUGCCCCAUAAAAUCAACCAUGAGGAUCAUUGCAGUUUGACUUCUUCUAUUGGAAAAUCCCAAACCAUUGCUUUUCAGUCUUAUUUUUGUGUUUUCUGUACAGGCCACUGUGCAUUUCUGCCUAUGAAUAGCAUGUUUCAUCAAGCAAACUACCAAAGAGAAUAAAAUUAUUAUUUAAACACACUUUUUGUGUCAUUCAGAAGCUUGUUUGGGUACAUUCAAACCUACAAUGUAUUUAAUCAGACACACAUGGGCUUGACUUCAAACUAUUUGUGAUGUUAUAAUCUCCCUUAUGUAUUAUUUAAGAUUUGUGUUGGAAAUGUUGGAUAUUAGAAAACCAGUGGUUGGCAGGAUGUUUUUUGUUUGAGAAUGAAAUGUUAGUGAAAUCUUAUAUGAAAUUACAUAAUCUCAUUGUGCCUGUUUUGAGUGCCAGUGUGUCCCAGACUCAGCCAAUCAGGAUUCAGUCUGCAAGUUCUACCAAUCAUACUCUUCUGAAAUACCAUCACGCCCUCAUGUGGACACUUGGAGCUAUAACCACCACAGCUGAUUGCAAAAAGUGCUCACACACAGACGUGUGUGCGAUGAAAUGUACAAACAUUUAAAGUGUUAGUGAAUGAGUCUCAUAAAAACAUGUCCAGCUAACAUUUUACUGUUUAGAAAUGAACAUUUGCAUAAAGAGAAUUAUGCCUUUUUUUUUUCAGAAGAUAUUUAGUUAGCAUUAUGACUUUAUUUUCAUGACAGAACAUUUCUCCCCAAAUUAUCGUUACUCCAAUGUGUCUGUAUGUUUUACUUUUGAUUUUUGUCAUUCUCAUUACUGAACUACUGAACAAUUUUACUACAUUAAAGUAAAACAAUUAUUGUAUUCCAAGGAUUUCUUUUUAAUUUAUACACUGGCAACCUAAAGUUUGGAAUAAUGUGCAGAUUUUGCUGUUUCGGAAGGAAAUUGGUACUUUAAUUAAUCAAAGUGGCAUUCAGCUGAUCACAAAGUAUAGUCAGGACAUUAUUGAUGUAAGAAACAGCAUCACUAUUUGAAAAAAGUAAUUUUGAUCAAAUCUAGAUCGACCCCAUUACCAGCAGCAUCACUCCAACACUUUAUCCUUGAGUAAUCGUGAUAAAUUGAUCAUUUGGUGCUAGAAAAUCACUUGAUGUAUAUCAAACACUUGAAGGCUAAUUGUUUAGUUAAAUGAAGCUUAACAUUGUCUUUGUGUGUGUUUUUGAGUUGCAACAGUAUUUAAUAGACUGGCAUGUCUUAAGGUCCAUAUUAAAAAAUGACAAAAAAGAAACCGCUUUCUAUAGAAACUCAUCAGUCAAUCAUUGCUUUGAGGAAUGAAGGCUAUACAAUGCUUGAAAAUGAAAGAUUUCAUACAAGGGUGUACACUACAGUCUUCAAAGACAAAGCACAACUGGCUCUAACAAGGACAGAUAGAGAUGUGGAAGGACAGAUGUGCAACUAAACAAGAGGAUAAGUACAUCAGAGUCUCUAGUUUGAGAAAUAGAUGCCUUACAUGUCCUCAGCUGACAGCUUCAUUGAAUUCUACCCGCUCAACACCAGUUUCAUGUACAACAGUAAAGAGAAGACUCAGGGAUGCAGCCUUAUGGGAAGAAUUGCAAAGAAAACACUUUUGAACAGAAAACAAAAAGAAAAUGUUAGAGUGGGCAAAGAAACACAGACAUUGGUCAACAGAUCAUUGGAAAAGAGUGUUAUGGAUCUUAACCCCAUUGAGCUUUUGUGGGAACAGCUAGACUGUAAGGUGUGUGAGAAGUGACCGACAAGACAGACACAUCUAUGGCAAGUGCUACAGGAAGUGUGGGGUGAAAUGUCACCUGAGUAUCUGGACAAACUGACAGCUAGAAUGCCAAGAAUCUGCAAAGAUGUCAUUGAUGAGAACUCUGAAGUAGUUCAAGUUCUGAAUAUUUAAAAAAAAAUUGUUAUAGUAAUUUUUCAUGUUAUUAAUGUCCUGACUUUACAUUGUGAUCAGUUGAAUGCCACUUUGGUGAAUAAAAGUACCAAUUUCUUUCCAUAAGAGCAAAAUCUAUACAUUAUUCCAAAUCUUUUGGCCACCAGUAUCAUGCAGUCAGUCCCUAGAAUUCAGCCUAACAUCUAUUGUGUUUCCACAGAAGAAAGAAAUUUGUAAAAACAUUGAGGGUGUUUAAAAAAGGACAACAUUUGUAUUUGUGGUUAAGCUACUGUAAAAGCAGUACAACAAAUACUAUCAGGAUGUAUACACAUCUUACAAUUUAAAUAGUAUGAGAAUUUGUUUUUUCCCCACUAUACAAUGAUGUGAAUUAGUAAUGAAUAAAAUCUUAAUGGCCUGAAAAUAAGCUUCAUUUUCUUUUAAGCAAAAUAUAAUUUCUUGCUAUUGGUUUUGGGGGGAAAUAUGUCCCAGAGUCACCCUAAUGGCUUUUGUAAUAUAUAGACCAAUAAAGA